AUUUAUAUCACUCGCUUUUUUAUUAUUAACAUGAUAUUUAUCUUUUUCUUUUAUAAUGAAAUUCACUAUUUACAUCUUGCUUGCUCUUGUCUCUUUGAUUGCUUCUACUUUGGCUGCUUGUGAUUGUGAUGCGGCAGAUCAGCCUUGUUUGGAUAAAUGCGUUACUACUGCCAAUGGUUGUGUCGUUCAAUGUCAAAAACAAAAUGCUGGUGAUGCAUGUGAACAAGCUUGCUUUGCUGCUCAUUGGCCAUCGAUGGUAACUAGCUUAAGCGAUGCAACAGCAACAGCAUCUGCUUCUUCUGGUGUUCUUCCUUCUGUUAUGUCUACCUCACUAGCAACCACGGCUUCUUCUCUCAUUAAACCUUCAAUGACAGCAUCCAUGGCAGCUACUGCUACUUCUAGACCUUCUAGUGAAGCUAAUGUGAACAAUACAAGCGAUUCUCAUAAACUUAUCAUGAGUUGGACUACUCUUCUGGCAGCUUCUUUAAUUGCAUCCUGGUUAUCUUAAAUAAUAAUAAAAACCUGUAUGCACAAUUCUCAUUAAUAAACUGGUAAAAUAAAUGUCCGUUUUGAGUACCUAGGAGAGGAGAUUUAACAUGGCAACCAUUCACAGUUGGCAGAAUAGAAUUAAAGUUAUGUAACCUUUUGUGCCUUCCGCCCUUCUUUU